CUCUCGCGCAACGGGACGGUCUGUACGGAUAUUUCAAUUAUUUGAUCGAACAAUCAAGUAAUAAAAAUCGGUAAAUCGAAAUGAGAACGUUACUGGCCGUAUUGGCGACGGUGGCGUUGGUUCGUGGUAUUGAAUACGAUGGUCUUCGCGUCAAAUUCGGCUGGUCCGACGCACUGGCUGACAUGGAGUACUUCUUCAAAAUCCCUCGCACUAGCAAGGACGCGGAGAACGAAGGUUGGAGACGCACGGAGCGACCUCCAGGACCGCUGCCUGAGCUGAGGAUGUACUGCCCUCAAGGACGAACUGUGUGUCCCCUGUUCGACGCAGGAGGAUUCGUCGCUGGACUACAAAUAUCUAUGCUAGUGGACAAGUACGAGUCUCUAGCAAUAAAACCUGAGAAGAAGCUUGUAAAGUGGCGAGCCCCUGCGAUAGAAGGCGAGCCCUCAAGGGACUACUGGACCCUUACGCAGUACUUUGUCUCUGAAGAAUCCCUGAAGGCCGGAGCAGGCCCCCAGGUGGAGAACGGCGCGACGCUCCAAGACGGCGGCGUGUGGGUGACAGGACUGGACGGCAGGCUGAUGAGGAUCCCCAGCACGGAGGCAGAGCUCAACAGCACGGCUUUCAAGAAGCAGAACUGCAUUCCUAACAUGGGUACUCACUACUACUACAACAUGACACGUGACAUGAAUUGCGAAGACACACUGCCCUGGUUCGCGCUAGUAAGCCAGGGCGAGCUGAUUGGUACCGGCUUCCAGCUCUUCGGCCGAGUGGGACGCCAGAAGUACCGCGAGUGGUUCGAAAGACCGCCCCGCGCGAAGCAGGGAGCUGAGCUCACGAUCCCGUUCGGCCCUCCGUGUCUGUACGAGUGGGCGGGCUCGUACGGCAUCGUGUCUUUGCACAUCUACUACAUAGACAAGCCUUGGACGAUCAAAUGCCGGACUGGUGACUCGAUAAAGCCUGCGCCGGCGCUCGACCGUCUCAUGUUCAGCGGUUACCGUUAUGCCAACCAGAUAGCUGAUGGAGUCAAGAAGCUCUUCAGUGGAUAAAGCGUCUUAAGAGAAUUAAAAACCCCCGAUUCUUGCAAAUUCUGAUGAGCUCUUUUCUUCUCUUUGGGCUCACUUCUUUCUCUGAUUCUUUAUCCCACUAAAAAAGUCGAAAGCAUAAUAGUAUUUUAGAUCAAAUUAAACUAUUUUUCUCAAUUUCUCAUAGAAAAAUAUUUGAAUUUGUAUUUUUAAGUAGUCUCACUACUAUUAUUCUAUAAACAUUAAAUAAAUGUCAUAUACAGAGAAAAAAUGACCAAUUCAUCCAAGUGUUCCAAGCUGGCAUCGAACCAGCGUACUCCGAUAAUCGGACGGAUGCCUCGAACCACUCGGCCAUCGGUACACGAAAGCAAGGGUCCAAAUUUUCAAGUAUAUGACACAAUUACCGAAGGCUUGGCACCCUCGCACUCUAUGAGGUAGAACCGAAACUAAUGCUACUGACUAUUAACAACUAUUAAUGUUUAUAGCAUAAUAGUAGUUUUCGAGAUAUUCUGCAAUCUGACAGACGGACAGUAUUUGUAUGAAAAGUUGCGUCGCCUCGUGUGCGCACUUUCAUACUAGGCCAUGGUCGCGACAAAAAAGUCGCCGGCAACAGUUGCCCGUUGCGCAGGCCCUUA